GGGGCCACAGUCUUGGGAUUGAGAGGUUGCUUCCCUUCCCCCCACAUCUGUGGGCGGGGAGCAAGGUAGAGAGAGUGCAAGCGGGACUGGGGGGGUACAGUGGGGGGUUCGAGAAAGAGACCGAGGCGGAGAAGGGGAGAGCGCGCGAGACUGAAGGGAAGGGUGGAAGAUUAGAUGAUAGAUAGAUAGAUAGACAGACAGACAGAUAGAGUUGGUUGCUCCAUAGUACGGCGGCUCGGAAGGGAGAAUCCCGAGAGAGCUCCGGGACUGGAGGGGAUGGUGAGCGGUGCGGCGGCAGCGUUUUCAUCCCUCCCCGGGGCGUGUGCCCGGCACUGAUUUCUCCCCGGGACCGCGCAGCUCUCGCCCGGAGAUGAGACUAUGUUACCUGAAUACUGUUGGGGAAAAGAAAGAAUAUGAAGAGCUGGUGUUGAGUCAAAUGUACUGAGCUUCUACUAGCAAGCUAAAAGUGACAGAACCAUGGCUCAAUUUCCAACAUCUUUUGGUGGCAGCCUGGAUAUUUGGGCCAUAACUGUAGAAGAAAGAGCAAAGCAUGAUCAGCAGUUCCAUAGUCUCAAGCCAACAUCUGGGUUUAUUACUGGUGAUCAAGCCAGAAACUUUUUUUUUCAAUCUGGGUUAUCUCAGCCUGUUUUAGCACAGAUAUGGGCACUAGCUGACAUGAACAAUGAUGGGAGAAUGGAUCAGAUAGAAUUUUCUAUAGCGAUGAAACUUAUCAAACUGAAGCUACAAGGUUAUCAGCUACCUGCUGCACUUCCUCCUGUCAUGAAACAGCAACCUGUUGCUAUUUCUGGUGCACCCACAUUUGGUAUAGGAGGCAUUGCCAGCAUGCCGUCUCUCACAGCUGUUGCUCCAGUACCAAUGGCAUCUAUUCCAGUAGUAGGAAUGUCCCCACCUCUUGUAUCUUCUGUUCCUACAACAGCAGUUCCUCCCCUGGCUAAUGGCACUCCUUCUGUCAUACAACCUUUGCCUGCUUUUGCUCAUCCUGCCACGUUGCCAAAGAGUUCUUCUUUUAGUAGAUCUGGUCCAGGUUCACAGUUAAAUACAAAACUACAGAAGGCACAAUCAUUUGAUGUGGCUAGUGCCUCUCCUGUGGCAGAAUGGGCUGUCCCUCAGUCAUCAAGACUGAAAUAUAGGCAACUCUUCAAUAGCCACGACAAAACAAUGAGUGGACAUCUAACAGGUCCCCAGGCAAGAACUAUUCUUAUGCAAUCAAGUUUACCACAGACUCAGCUGGCUACAAUAUGGAAUCUUUCAGAUAUUGAUCAAGAUGGAAAACUAACAGCAGAAGAAUUUAUUCUGGCAAUGCACUUAAUUGAUGUGGCUAUGUCUGGCCAACCUCUACCACCAGUACUGCCUCCAGAAUAUAUUCCUCCUUCAUUUAGAAGGGUUCGCUCUGGCAGUGGCAUAUCUGUUAUAAGCUCUGUAUCUGUAGACCAAAGGUUACCAGAGGAACCAGUGUUAGAAGAGGAACAGCAACAGCUGGAAAAGAAAUUACCUGUGACAUUUGAAGAUAAAAAGCGUGAAAACUUUGAACGAGGUAAUCUGGAACUUGAAAAGAGAAGACAGGCUCUGUUAGAACAGCAGCGUAAAGAGCAGGAGCGCCUAGCACAGCUUGAACGGGCCGAGCAGGAAAGGAAGGAACGAGAACGUCAAGAACAAGAGCGAAAAAGGCAGGUAGAGCUGGAAAAACAACUGGAAAAACAGCGGGAACUGGAACGUCAGAGGGAAGAAGAGAGGAGGAAGGAAAUUGAAAGACGUGAGGCUGCAAAAAGAGAACUUGAAAGACAACGACAACUUGAGUGGGAACGGAAUCGGCGGCAGGAACUAUUGAAUCAAAGAAAUAAAGAGCAAGAAGACAUAGUUGUUUUGAAGGCAAAGAAGAAGACUUUGGAAUUUGAAUUAGAAGCUCUAAAUGAUAAAAAACAUCAAUUGGAAGGAAAACUUCAAGAUAUCAGGUGUCGAUUAGCCAUGCAAAGGCAAGAAAUUGAAAGCACAAAUAAAUCCCGAGAACUGAGAAUUGCUGAAAUCACCCACUUACAGCAACAAUUACAGGAAUCUCAGCAAAUGCUUGGAAGGCUGAUUCCUGAAAAACAGUUACUCAAUGACCAAUUAAAACAAGUUCAACAAAACAGUUUGCACAGAGAUUCCCUUCUUACACUUAAAAGAGCCUUAGAAGCAAAAGAACUUGCUCGUCAGCAGCUGAGAGACCAGCUGGAUGAGGUUGAGAAAGAAACUAGAUCAAAGCUACAGGAGAUUGAUAUUUUCAACAAUCAGCUAAAGGAACUAAGAGAAAUACAUAACAAGCAACAGCUCCAAAAACAAAAGAAUUUAGAGGCAGAAAGGUUGAAACAGAAAGAAAAAGAGAGGAAAACAAUAGAAUUAGAAAAGCAGAAAGAAGAAACCCAAAGACGUCCACAAGAUAAGCAAUGGCUUGACCGAGUUCAACAGGAUGAAGAGUAUCAACGGCCAAAAAAACUCCACGAUGAAGAGAAACUAAGGGAAGAACCAGUCAAGAAAAAGGAUGGUGAGGAAAAAGGCAAACAGGAAAUGAAAGAUAAGCUGAGUAAGCUUUUUCAGCAACACCAGGAACCAGCUAAGCCCACCCUCCAAACACCCAGCUCAUCUACAGAAAAAGGUCCACUUGCUAUUUCUACUCAAGAGGAUGUAAAGGUAGUGUAUUACCGGGCACUGUACCCAUUUGAAUCAAGGAGCCAUGAUGAAAUCACCAUCCAGCCUGGGGACAUAGUCAUGGUGGAUGAAAGCCAAACUGGAGAACCUGGGUGGCUUGGAGGGGAGUUAAAAGGAAAGACAGGAUGGUUUCCUGCAAACUAUGCAGAGAAAAUCCCAGAGAAUGAGAUCCCCACCCCUCUGAAACCAGGAGCUGACUCUACACCCAUGCCCACACCUAAACUUGCUUUACAUGAAACCCCAACCCCUGUGGCAACAACCUCUUCAGAAUCCUCUACGACCUCCAACAACUGGGCCGACUUCAGCUCCACGUGGCCAACAAACACUAAUGAGAAACCAGAAACAGAUAAUUGGGAUGCAUGGGCAACCCAGCCUUCGCUCACUGUUCCCAGUGCAGGGCAGUUAAGGCAAAGAUCAGCCUUUACCCCAGCUACUGUUACUGGCUCAUCACCAUCUCCUGUUUUGGGCCAGGGUGAAAAGGUAGAGGGGCUACAAGCACAAGCUUUGUACCCGUGGAGGGCCAAAAAGGACAACCAUUUAAAUUUCAACAAAAAUGAUGUCAUCACAGUCCUGGAACAGCAAGAUAUGUGGUGGUUUGGAGAAGUUCAAGGUCAAAAGGGUUGGUUCCCCAAGUCUUAUGUGAAGCUCAUUUCAGGACCCAUAAGAAAAUCAACAAGUAUGGAUUCAAGUUCUUCAGAAAGUCCCGCUGUUCUCAAGAGAGUAGCGUCACCAGCAGCUAAACUUUCAAUACCAGGAGAAGAGUAUAUUGCCAUGUACACUUAUGAGAGUUCUGAACAAGGCGAUUUAACCUUUCAGCAAGGGGAUGUGAUUUUGGUUACGAAGAAAGAUGGUGAUUGGUGGACAGGAACAGUGGCUGACAAAUCUGGAGUCUUUCCUUCUAACUAUGUGAGGCUUAAAGACUCAGAGGCCCCUGGGACUAUUGGGAAAGCAGGGAGUUUAGGAAAGAAACCUGAAAUUGCCCAAGUUAUCGCAUCUUAUACUGCUACUGGCCCUGAACAACUUACCCUGGCACCUGGACAACUGAUUUUGAUCCGAAAGAAGAAUCCAGGAGGAUGGUGGGAAGGAGAGCUUCAAGCACGUGGGAAAAAGCGUCAGAUAGGCUGGUUCCCAGCUAAUUAUGUAAAACUUUUAAGUCCUGGUACCAGCAAAAUAACGCCAACGGAGCCACCCAAGUCAAUAGCACUACCUACUGUGUGCCAAGUGAUUGGUAUGUACGAUUACACUGCACAGAAUGAUGAUGAGCUGGCAUUCAACAAAGGCCAGAUCAUCAAUGUUCUUAAUAAGGAAGACCCCGAUUGGUGGAAAGGAGAAGUCAAUGGACAAGUGGGACUCUUCCCAUCCAAUUAUGUGAAAAUGACAACAGACAUGGACCCAAGCCAGCAAUGGUGUGCAGAUUUACAUCUUUUGGAUAUGUUGACACCAACAGAAAGGAAGCGACAGGGAUAUAUCCAUGAGCUACUUGUUACAGAAGAGAACUAUGUCAAUGACCUGCAGUUAGUCACAGAGAUCUUUCAGAAACCGCUGAUGGAGUCUGAGCUGCUGACAGAAAAAGAGGUGGCUAUGAUUUUUGUUAACUGGAAGGAGCUGAUAAUGUGUAAUAUCAAACUGCUGAAGGCCCUGAGAGUUCGGAAGAAAAUGUCUGGUGAGAGGAUGCCUGUGAAGAUGAUUGGCGAUAUCUUGACUGCCCAGCUGCCCCACAUGCAGCCCUACAUUCGUUUCUGCAGCUGCCAACUCAACGGAGCGGCCCUCAUCCAGCAGAAGACAGAUGAAGCCCCUGAGUUCAAGGAAUUUGUCAAAAGAUUAGCCAUGGAUCCUCGGUGUAAAGGGAUGCCACUCUCUAGUUUUAUCCUGAAGCCUAUGCAGCGGGUAACAAGAUACCCACUAAUCAUUAAAAAUAUCUUAGAAAACACUCCUGAAAACCACCCUGACUACAGUCACUUGAAACAUGCUCUAGAGAAGGCUGAAGAAUUGUGUUCCCAGGUCAAUGAAGGUGUGCGUGAAAAGGAGAAUUCAGACCGGUUGGAGUGGAUUCAAGCACAUGUGCAGUGUGAAGGCCUGUCUGAGCAACUUGUCUUCAACUCAGUCACCAAUUGCUUGGGACCACGAAAAUUCCUACACAGUGGGAAAUUGUACAAAGCCAAGAGCAACAAGGAACUGUAUGGCUUCCUUUUCAAUGACUUUCUUCUUCUGACUCAGAUAAUCAAGCCUUUGGGUUCUUCUGGGACUGACAAAGUCUUCAGCCCCAAAUCUAAUCUACAGUAUAAAAUGUAUAAGACGCCCAUUUUCCUAAACGAAGUCCUAGUAAAAUUACCCACUGACCCUUCUGGAGACGAGCCCAUCUUCCACAUUUCCCACAUCGAUAGAGUCUACACUCUCCGUGCGGAAAGCAUAAAUGAAAGAACUGCCUGGGUACAGAAAAUUAAAGCUGCUUCUGAAUUCUACAUUGAAACUGAGAAAAAGAAGAGGGAAAAGGCAUACUUAGUUCGUUCCCAAAGGGCAACAGGUAUCGGGAGGUUGAUGGUGAACAUUGUUGAAGGCAUUGAAUUAAAGCCCUGUUGGUCACAUGGUAAGAGUAAUCCCUAUUGUGAGGUGACAAUGGGCUCCCAGUGCCAUAUUACAAAGACAAUACAGGACACACUGAACCCCAAGUGGAAUUCCAACUGCCAGUUCUUCAUCAAGGACCUAGAGCAGGAUGUCCUCUGUAUAACUGUGUUUGAGAGGGACCAGUUCUCUCCCGAUGAUUUUUUGGGUCGGACAGAAAUCCGUGUGGCAGACAUCAAGAAAGACCAGGGGUCAAAGGGGCCAGUUACCAAAUGCCUCCUUCUACAUGAAGUUCCAACAGGGGAGAUUGUUGUCCGACUGGAUCUGCAGCUCUUUGAUGAACCGUAGUGGGGCAGGGCCCCCACCAUAGCCUUCUCAUCCCAGCACCAGAGCCCUGCAGAAAUUAUCUGGAAUUUGGUAUUAUUUUUCUAAAUAGCCACUGCGAUUCAUUCAUCUAUAAAUCAAUGGGGUUAAAUUAGGGGUGAGGGGCUCCUUGAGCUCCCAAGAUCACCUUUUGACAAUCCUUCCCAAAACAACCAAUCCUAAAGUAUGAGGCAAAUCUGUGUUUUCACAUGUAGGCUUUCGCUCUAGUUUCUAGGGUUUCUGAAAUCCUAUAGCUAGAGCCAAAACGGAGUCUUGUUCAAAAGUCUGACCUGUCCUGUGGUUGGCUCCACCCAUUCUCUUUACCGUAUAGUUGAUUCAAUAGUGCAACAUCUCUAUUUUUGAAGACUUUAUGUAACUCUUCCAGCGUCUGCCUCCUUGUAGCCCCCACAUAGGCUCUUUGACAAUGAUUUCAGUCCCUUACUGCUGGUUUAGAGACAAACUGUGAGUUGGAUACAUUCUAGGGGCAUGAGAUCUCCAUUGCCUUCAGCUAAGGUCUGCACAGUUCUCAUUUGGAAUGCUGAUGUGGGAUCAUUUGGCAUAGAUGGUUUUCUGAACAUGCCACAGAAUUGGGCCUUUAAGAGCUG